AUGGCGCGGGAUCGCAGCAAGAAGCGCACGAAGCAAGGGGGGGGCCCCUCCCCCUCCUUUGGGUCUUCUAAACGCCAGAAGCUGGGGGCCCCCAAGAGGCCCCCCCCCUCUCACACUCAAGUUGAGGUGAAGGUCAAGAAGCACCUGCUAGCUGCAGCAGCAGCAAAAGCGGAGCAGCAGCUGCAGCAGAUGCAUGAGGAAGCAGCAGCAGCAGGAGUUCCUUUCGCUCAUCUAUGUACUCCUUCUGCUGUUGACGAGGCCCUCCAGAAGCUGACCUUCACUUCUCCUCUGCAGCGGCUGCAGGGCCUAAAGAGGCUCACGGGUUGCUUUGCUGCACUGCGCCAGCAGCAGCAGCAGCAGCAGCAGCAGCAGCAGCAGGAGGCGGGGGGCCCCAAGGGGCUGCAGAUGGGGCCCCUUCUACGUCAGGUGCUGCCGGUGCUGCUCGCUGCUGCAGCAGAUGAAGACGCGGAGUGCAGGCAGCAGGUGCUGGUUUGCUGCUGUGCCCUUAUACAAACCCUAAGCAGCAGCAGCAGCAGCAGCAGCAGCAGCAGCAGCAACGAAGACGAGGAGAAGAUACGUGAACGAAGGGCGUCAGCAGCUUUGAUGCCUUUUGCAGAUCUCUUCUCCGCCUCUUUCCUCAACUGCCUGACGGCUGUAGACAGCCGCAUUAGGAGUUUAGGCGUCUCCUUGGUGUCUCUCUUUCUGCUGCGCGUCCCCUCAUUUACUCUCACGCUUCCAGACUUAGCUGUACAUACACUGCGCGUUGUUGUUGCUUCUUCUGGAGGGGCUUCUUUUCUUGCUUUGUCUCUGCCGCUGCUGCUGCGGCUGCUGCCUCCUUAUAUUAAAAAGGAGAAGCUGCUGAGGGGCCCCCAGGGGGCCCUCAUCACGCAAGAAGAGCUGCUGCCGACAGGAAUCUAUGAGCUGCAGCAGCUGCAGCAAAGCAGCUUGCUGCAGCUAGAGGGAACAUCUCCUGCUGCUGCUGCUGCUGCUGCUGCUGCGGGGACCCAAGGGCAAGACAGCCACACCCCGCUGCUGAUGCAGCUCUUCAGCAGCUGCUGCGACUGCUGGCUGCAGCAAGUACACGACCUUACGGACGGACGCGGGGGCCGUAGUGCCUUUGCAGCAAGCGCCAACAGAGACAGCAGCAGCAAGCAUCAUCAGCAGCAGCAGCAACAGCAGCAGCAGGAAGAUGCUCAGCAGCAGCUACAGCUGCUGCAGCUGUGCUGCAGCAUCUUUCAUCUGCUGCUGUUUGGAGACACUGACGGCGCAGCAGACCCUGAGGGGCCCCCAGGGGAGAAGGAGGAGGUGGGGCCCCUCUUGAGGCCCCUUGUGCUGCAGCUGGCAGCAGCAAACGAGCGCAGGCGGCAGCAGCAGCAACAGCAGCAACAGCAGCAACAGCAACAGCUUCCACUGCUGGAGACCUUUAUUACGCAUGUAUUGCCGUCUCUCUUGGAUAUCUUAGACCGGGAGCUGCCUCCUGCGCUGCAGACAGCAGCAGCAGACACAGCAGCUUCAUUUGUCUCCUUAGUAUGCCGCUUUCUUGCUGCACCCUUGGGGGCCCUUGUGGGCCCCCAAGUCCUCAUCACCCUCAAGCAAGGGGGGCCCUCCGGGGGGCCCCCAAGGGAGGGGGGCCCUAAGGGGGCCCCAGGGGGGCCCCCAAAGGAGGGGGGCCCUAAGGGGGCCCCAGGGGGGCCCCCAAGGGGGGUAGGCUCAGGGGGGCCCCCUGGGGGACCCCCAAGAGAGGGAAGUUCAGGGGGGGCCCCCGGGGGGGCCCCAAGGGGGCCUCUGUUCCGUACAGCUGAGAAAGGAAAAGAUAUUGCAGGGGCGGCCUUAAGAAUAUGGGGGCCCUCUCUUCGUUCUGUGCUGCUGUCUGUUGCUGCUGCUGCUGCUGUCUAUCUCACCAAGACUGCAGCGCAGCUCCAGCAGCAGCUGCUCGCCGUUGUCUCCCGCCAGCAGCAGCAGCAGCAACAGGAGCAGCAGCAGCAGCAGCAGCAGCAGCAGCAGGAAAAGGGGGGGUACGUUCCUGUCCCUUUAGGGACAAAGAAGGCCUUUGUGAUGUUCGCUUUGGAGACAGCUCGGAGUGAGGGUCUGGGGGGCCCCCAGAGAGGAGAGGGGGGCCCCCUGGGGGCCCCUAUGCAUUUUGCUUGUUCAAGGCAGCUUCGCUCGCUGCUGCAGCAAAUAAUCUAUCUCGCUCUUGCGCUGAAGGCAGCAGCACCUCAAGGGGGGCCCCCAGGGGCCCCCCUCUCACCUGCUGCUGCGCCGCUUCUUACUACUCAGGUGUCUCUGCUGCAGUGGCUGCUUAGCAACCCUGAGGCCUAUGCAUGCAGCAGCAGCAGCAGCAACAACAACAGGUUGCUGCUGCACCUCUCAACAGCAGCUAUUAAUAGGGGCCUGGGCAGACUGCAGCGCUCUACCUAUGUGAAGCAGGCUGCGCUGCUGCUGCAGCAGCAGCAACAGCAGCAGCAGCUGCUGCUGCAGCAGCAGCAACAGCAGCAGCAGCUGCUGCUGGAGCAAGAAACAGGCCAGCAGCAGCCAGCACCAGACAACUCGCCUCCGCUGCAGCAGCAAGGACCCCAUGCAGCAUCACCACCACCUCCCCGGCAGCAGCAGCAGCAGCAGCAGCAGAUUUCAUCUGGGACCCAACCGCUGCUGCCUAUCCUAAUGUCCCUGCAGCAGCUGCAUGCGUCGCUGGCUGCUGCUGCUGCUGCUGCACAUUCUCGCGGGACCCCCGGAGAUGCGCCUGUCAAUGGGCAGCAAUUUAAUAGAAAGAAGCAGCAACGAGUGCUGCAGCGCAUGCAGCAGCAGCAAGCAGCAACAGCAGCAGCAGCUGAAGAGUUAGAUUCUCCAGCAGCAGCUCUUGCUGCCCUUGGGGAGGCCUUUGAUGCUCUCUGGCAGCAAGCCGUCGAGGCGUUGCUGCAGCAGCAGCAGCUGCUGCUCCGCUGCAGCAGCAGCAGCACAAGACAGCUCCUGCUGCUCACCAGCUCUGGCGGACAGGGAGACCAGCAGAAUACACCAGAAGCAGCAGCAGCAGCAGCAACAGCAGCAGCAGCAGCAUCUAAUUCUUUUCUUUCCCUCCCGGUAGAGAAGGCCCAGCCCACCUGCAACGGCAGCAGCAGCAGCAGCAGCAGCAGCAGCAGUAGCAGCAACGGUGAAGACUUGCAAGUGGUGGAGAUCAGCGACAGCAGCGACGAAGAGCCCUCGAAAGGGGACAAGAGUGCUUCAUCUGCUGCUGCAGUUGCGGCUCCUUCUCCCCCUGGGUUUGCUGCAGCAGCAGCGGCUGCAGCGCCUGCUGCAGCAGCAGCAGCAGAAGCUGCGGUGUCACCACCUUCUACAGCCUCUACAGAACCUCUAAGUAUUCCCUCUGAUACAGAAAGUGUCUCUACCAGCGACGCCCAGCAGCAGCAGCAGCAGCAGCAGGGGCAGCAACAAGAGCAGCAGCAGCAGCAGCGGGGAGUUGCAAUUUAUGUGCUGCAGGCUCCAGCGCUGCUGUCUCCUCUGCUGCUGCUGCUGCUGGGGUACGAUGCUCAGGCGCUGCUGCUGCAGCUACCCGCUGCUGCAGCACCCUUCUAUAGAAGAGUUGUUGCUGAAGCAGCUAAGGUGCAGCAACAGCUGCCUCCGUGUUUAUGGGCAGGCCCCCUCUCGGCUGCUGCUGCAGCAACACAGCAGCAGCAGCAGCAGCACGACAAACGCAUGAAACUGUGGACGAGGGGACUGUCUCUGGUAGCUGCUGGGUGUGUUGCUGCAUCUGCUGCAGCAGCGGAGUGUCAGGGGCCUGCUUCUGCUGCACCUACACCAGCAGCAGCAGAAACUGCUGCUGCUGCUGCUGCUGCUGCUGCUAGGAGACAGCAAGCAGCAGCUGAAGCAGCUUCUUGGUGCCGCCUUCUUCUCUUUGCUGGGAGGUCUGCGCUGUCUCCUCAGACAGACGGGUGUCUCCUCAGCAGCGCCUUCCAUUCUCUGCUGCAAGACAUCUUCUACUGUCCCUUCGUCCCGUCACCAGAGGCGCUGCCUGUAGUUAUGAGGCUGCCUCCUUCUUGUAGAGAUGCUGCUAUCUGCUGCGUCUCUGCAGCAGCAGGAGCAGCAGCAACACCAGCAGCAACACAGUCCCUGCUGCUUCUUAUUCCUCAUGUCAUUCGUUGCUGCCUAUUCCCCUUUGGAUUUAGUCGUAUGUACACCGUAACCUGGAGCAGCAGCAACAGCAGCAGCAACAGCAGCAGCAGCAGCAGCAGCAACAGCAGCAGCAACAGCAGCAGCAACAGCAGCAGCAACAGCAGCAGCAUCAGCAGCAGCAGCAGCAUGGGCGGUAGCGGGGCUCCUCCGGGUUUCCCUAUCUCUUUGGAGACGUAUCCUGCACAAAGCAGUAGAAGCCUGCCUGCUGCAGUGUCUCCCUCCUCUGCUGCACCAGCAGCAGCAGCAGCAGCAGAAGCAGCAGAAGCAGCAGUAGGCAGCUUGCGUAUAUAUAGCUCCUUGAGUUCUGCUGCUCCUGCAUGCGACCCUUUGCUGCUAGCAGCAGCACGGUGGGGCCCUUCAGGUGUCUCUGCAGACAGCCGGUUAUUGGCUGUUACACACUUCGCGCUGCCGCUGCUGAGCUGUCUCCUCAAGCAGCAGCGGGGGAAUGCCUCUGUCUCCUUGCAACAGCAGCAGCAGCAGAAGCAGCAGCAGCAGCAGCCUGAGGGACAGACAGACGGAAGGAGACAGGAGACACUCCAACCUACAAAUCAGACAGCAACAGCAGCAGGGGCCCUCCCUCUUAGAAUUGUCGCGAGUCUCCUCCUAGAGGCAGCAAAGCCCUUUGCUGCCUCUCGCAAGACGCAGCAGCAGCAGCAGCAGCAAGAACAACAACAACAACAACAACAGCAGCAGCAGCAGUAUGAGCUACGUUUUAAGGGUCCUUUAUGUUUAGAGUUGCUGCUGCAGGAGGCAGCUACUCUGCUGCUAGGAGACAUUCACACGAAGGAGACACUGCUGCAUGCGCUGCAGCUGUCUCCUUCUGCUUCUCCUUGGGGCCCCCUUGGCGUGGGGCUGCAGCAACCGGGCAGCACAGCAGUAGCAAGAGAGAUCCUCUCUCGCUUUACUUUGCCUCUCUGCUUGCAAGCAUGCGCCCCGCUGCAGCCAGCAGCAGCAGCAGCAGCAGCAGCAGCAGCAGGAGUGGGGGGACAAGAAGGCGAGAAGGGCCCCUGGGAAGUGGUUGCUGCUGCAGCAAAGGCAGGGGCCCGUGUCUCUGCUUCUGUUUCUUUUUUCUGCUGCUGCGCUCGUCAGCUGCUGCCUCCUCUCUUAGUAGCCCCUGAAGGAGACAGUGCGCAGCUCAAGUGUACAGACAGCUGCGGGGGUAGAGCUGACGAAACCUGCUGUCUCCUUUCUUAUCCCCCUCCUUCUUUUGCUCUCGCUCUUGACUUCCUCUUCUGUCACUUAGGGGCCCCAGGAACCCCCUUCCAGGGGCCCUUACAAGAAGCCUGUAACAGCAGCAGCAGCAGCAGCAGCAGCAACAGCAACAACAACAAUAGCCCAGCAGCAGCGGCAGCAGCAGCUGCUGCUGCUCCUCCUGCUGCUGCUGCUGCUGCUGGAGUGGCGCGAACAGUGGGGCUUUCCUUUCAAGGGACAGCUCUUUAUGAUGAGUGUCUCCUUUGUGCAUGCGGCAGCUGUACCCGCUCUGCUGCUGCUGCUGCUAAUGUGGGGCCCCCAGGCAAAACGCAAAGCUUCCUCUCUGCUGUCUGUGCAGUUGCGGCUUUUGCUGCUGGGCCGCAGCAGCAGCCACCAGCAGACAAGGCCACAAGCAGCAGCAGCAGCAACAGCAGCAGCAGCAGCAGAGGAGCCGAGUGUACUUCUCUAGCACUUCUUUCUGCUUUUGUCGUUCUGUGUGACAAGGUGCUGCAAGCAAUUUCUUCAGCCCUGCAGCAGCAGCAGCAACAGCAGCAGCAGCAAAAGCAGCAGCAGCAAGAAGGAUCAUGGGGGCCGAUGUUUCUUCCUCCGGGGCUGCGGCGAUGGUUCUUGAGGAACUGCAGCAGCAGCAGCAGCAGCAGCAGCAGCAGUUUGCGGGCCUCGCUGCUGCCUGAUCCAGAGGACACGUUGAGGGCCGAGGGUCUCUUACUUCUUGUCUCUAGCUUCAGAAGAAGUCUUAGAAGCCUCGCCCGUUGUCUAUGUGGUGUUGCUGAGGAGGUUAGGGGGAUCUCUAAGGGGGGCCCCCCUUCUUUGUUUAAUAUGUUGCAGCAGCAAACAGGUAGUGUUGCUGAUCCCGUUGCAGCUAUUCACCAACGCAUGCAGGGGAGCACAAACAACAAAUCUUCUGAAGCCCUCGCGGACCCGCAACAGCAGCAGCAGCAGCAGCAGCAGCAGCAGGAUCAGCAGCAGGAGCAGCAGCAGCAGCAGCGUCAGCAGGAGCAGGAGCAGCAGCAGCAGCAGCAGCAGCAGCAGCAGCAGCAGCAGCAGCAGCAGCAGCGGCCCUCAGUUCGAAGGCCCUACAAUAGAGCAGCAGCAAUAACAGCAACAGCAGCAGCAGCAACGGCAACAGCAGCAGCAACAACUGCAGCAACAGCAGCAGCAGCAGCAGAGGCGGUGGUCUACGACUGGUGCUGCGCCGCAUCUGGGGUGUACAGCCAGCUUCGGCUGAGGCAGCAGCAGCAACAGCAACACGGGCAGCAACACCGCAGCAGCAGCAGCAGCAGCAGGGUCACUUCGAACUCGAGGCUGCGCCUCCGCGGGCUCAUGAGCGUGAAGGUCCCUGCUGCAGCAGCAGAAGCAGCCAAAACUUCUGCUGCUGCUGCUGCUGCUGCUGCUGCCGUUCGAAGCAGCAGCAGCAGCAGCAGCAGCAUAAAGUCUCCUGCUGAGGGCCUUCUGCUGCCUUCUACACCCCCUCUCCUCUGUCUCCCCAACGCCAACAGAGACACCGCAAUGCCUCGAAGCAUAGAGUUGCUGCGGUUGCUAGAAGAAGAGGCGGAGACAGAGGCUUUGUUCUCUAAGGAGCACCUCAACAGCAGCAGCUGCAGCAGCAGCAGCAGCAGCGGCGGCGUCGGCCCCGCCGCCGCUAUCGAGAAGUUAAGAGCCAGCAGCAACAACAGCAUCAACAGCAGCAGCAGCAGCAGCAGAGUGCUUCUGAAUGCAGUCUCUGCUCGGUCUUCACAAGCUUCUGCUGCAGAUAGCGGGGCCCUGUCUCCUGUCUCUUUGUCUCCUCCUCUACCCUCCCCACUGAGCUUGGGGGCCCCUAAUCUAUCAGAUGCUCUUCGAAGCAGCAAACCCCACAGCAAGUGUCCCUUUCACCUCUUGAGGGGCCCCCAGGCCCCAGGGGCCCCAAGGGCCCCCGGGGGGUCCCCCCAGUCCCCAUGGGGGCCCCCUAAGACACCAUGGGGGGCCCCCAAGACCCCUUUGGGGGCCCCUAAUGGCCCAGGGGGGGCCCCGAAGGGCCCUCAGGCCCCAGGGUCCCCAUGGGGGGCCUCCAAGACCCUAUGGGGGGCCCCCAAGGCCCCAGGGGCUUCAUGGGGGGCCCCCAAUGCCUUAGGGGGCCCCGGGGGCCCCCAUCAACUUGAAAUGGUUACUAGGGGACUAAAGGAGACCCUACUACGUCUCAGCAACGCAGGGGGGAGGCCCUUAGAGCAGCUUCAAUCAAGGGGGGCCCCCCUGCCUCUAUGCCGCUUAGAAGCUCGCUGUAGGGGGCCCCUCACUUGGGUCUCCUCUGCAACGCGAAACUCUGAAUGGGGGAGGCGUAAGGGGGCCCCCCCCUCUACCCGAGCUGCUGCGCCCUCUGCUGCAGCAGCAGAAGCCCCUAAGUUUUUACUGUCUCCUCAAGAGAUCAGUGGGGGAGACACAGUGACUGUUGCCGGCAGCGGGGGGCCCAUGGGGCCCCAAAUGGGGGCCCCUGCUGCAGCUGUGGGGUCGCUCGAGGCCAAGCCCCUCAUAGCCGCAGCAGCAGAGGGACCCCCAGCAGCAGAAGCAGCAGCAACAGCAACAGCAGCAGCAGCGAAAACGGCGGCCCCCUGGGGGCCCCCUGGGGGCCCCUAUGGGGGGGCCCCAACCUCCUUCGGCUAUGCCAAGGGGGCCCCCGAGGCUUCUAAGGUGCACCGCUUUAGUUGUACUGGAGCGCAGCAGCAGCAGCAGCAGCAGCAGCAGCAGCAGCAGCAGCAAGAGGGUCAGCAGCAGGAGACAGAGGAGGUGUCUCUUAGCUGCCCCUUGAGGAGACCGUGCUGCUCUCUGUUGUCUCCUUCUUCUUCUUCUUCUCCUUCUUCUUCUUCUUUUAUUCAGAGACAAAGGAUACACCUCAGCUGUCUAGCCCCUGACUUGCUGUCUCCAGCAGCAGCGCAGCAAAACAGAGAAGCAUACGGCUACAACGAGGGCCCCGGCUACUUGCUGCAGCACCUGCAAGGGGGGGCCCCCCUCUCUAGAGGGGCCCCCCAAUCGUCUCUGCAUGCGCCUCGUCUAUCAGCUGCAGCAGCAACUCUUUAUGCAGCAGCAGCAGCAUGGAGAGACACAGAAGGUUCUCUGAAAAGAGACAGCUGGAGGGGGGCCCCCUUGAGGGGCCCCCAAUGGGGCCCCCCUCAAUCACACAAAAGAGAAGAGGAGACAGUCGAAGACUCCUUGCUGCUAUCAGAGACACAAGCGUCUCCUCGGGUCAGCAACAACAGCAUAGCGUACUUCAAGCACAGGCUUCAGUUAGAGCAGCAGCGGCUGCUGCAGCAGCAGCAGCACCCGCUGCGAACCCGGCUCCGAAGCCACACUGUGCAGCAGCAGCUGCGGCAGCAGCAGCAGCUGUGGCAGCAGCAGCAGCAUCGGCAGCAGCAGCAGCGCCAGUGUGCAUCAUGCUCCUCUAUUAGUAGCUGGGGGCCCCCUAAGGGGUCUGCAGAGGGCUUCUUAGGGGGCCCCCUUACCUGGUCGGCAUGUGGGGCCCCACGGCAGCAGCAGCAGCUGCUGCUGCAGCAGCAGCAGCAGCAGCUAGAAGCAUCGUUUGCUGCUCGCUUUAAAGAGUCUCCUCGGGUCUCCACAGGAAAUCUGUCUCUUCAUUCCACUGUAGCAAUGAGCGCCAGCAGCAGCAGCAGCCGCAGCUGCAGCUUGACUCGCUGCUGCAGCAGCAGCAACAACAGCAGCGCGAGCUGCACUCUUGCUGCCGCUGUUGCUGCUGCUGCUGCUGGAGACAGAGACAAUGGAGUCGAGAGAGAGCGCCGUCUCCUCUACAAACGCCUUGAGCAGCAGUUUACCCUUUCGCUUGUAAGUGCUGCAGCUGCAGCACUGCAGCAGCAGCAGCAGCAACAACAACACCAGCAGCAGCAGCAAGAGCAACAGCAGAAGCAACAACACGAGCAGCAGCAGCAGCAGCAGCAGCAGCAGGAGCAUGCCGUUGACAUGCAUUAUUGGGGGCCCACAACGGGGAAGGGAGAGCCUGCAGAGCCCCAAGGAGACAGAAAGGAGACACCUGAAUCAGCAGCAAAGACAGCAGCAGCAGCAGCAGAGCGUGAUCUCCUUCCGGGCCCCCGCAGCACUUCACAAAUCUCCACACAGGAGGAGCUGCUGCCAGCAGCAGGCAGCACACUUGAACAGCAGCAGCAGCAGCAGCAGCAGCAGGAGCAACAGCAGGAGGAGCAGCAAGAGCAACAGAGGAAGCCCAGUGAUAGCCGGGGAGAAGGAGACAGUGUAGAUGAGGUGUCUCCUCGUCUCCUCUCCAAUUAUUUUAAGUCUUUUGCUUCAAAGAGACCCUUCUCAGCUGAUGGCUCAUCGAGAUGCUUCCCCGGUGCUGCUGCUGCUGCUGCUGCUGUUGCUGCUGCUGUUGCUGCUGCACGGGCGCAGCGCGGGCGGCGGCGGAGCAACGGCGGAGCUGCUGCUGCUGCUUCCGUUGCUGCUGCUGCUGCUCCUGUUGUGCCCCCUCUGCAGCUCAGCAGCGUUGUGGCAGCAGCAGCAGCAGCAGGUACAGCAGCAGCAGCAGCAGGACCCGCAGCAGCAGCAACAGGACCCGCAGCAACAGCAACAGCAGUAGAAGCAGCAAGAGAAGGAGAAGCAGCAAGAGCAGCAAGAGAUAAUGAAGAGUGCUCGCUGGAGACAGCUUCAGCUGACCGCGCGAUGUCUCCUUUUAGCAGCAGCAGGUGCAGCAACACAGGGGCCCCCUUGGGGCCCCCUGAAGCUGAGUCCUCCUCUGUACAGGGCCUUGGGCUCUGCUAUCGGGAAGGGAGGAGACAAGACGUUGCUGCUGCAGAAGCAGCAAGUGCUGCUGCUGUCCCUCGAGGGCAGCAGCAGCAGCAGCAGCAAAAGCAGCAGCUGCAGGAAGAGCAACAGCAACAAGAGAGACAGCAAGCAAAUUAUCUUGAGUCUGUCUCCAUAGAGAGAAAGGAGACAGGUCUCCAGACAGGAGACACUUCUCUGCUUAGCAGCUGCAGGAUAGAGGGAGUAGCAGCAGCAGCAGCAGCAGCGGCAGCAGCAGCAGCCGGUGCUGCGCCUGAAGCAGCAAUAGCAAUUGCAGAUAAGAAAGGGGAGACCGGGGGUGUUGCUGCUGCAGCGUCUGCUGCAGCACAGACGGAAGUUGCUGCUCCUUCAGAAGCAGAAGAAGAGGCAGCAGCAGCAGCAGCAGCAGCAGAACUGCUGUCUCUAGAGAGCCUCAGCUGUCCCCUUGUUGAGAUGUCUCCUAGCGCAUUUGAAGCAGAAGAGAUGAAUGCUUCAGAGGAGUCUUUCCCCGCAGCAGCAACAGCAACAGCAACAGCAGCAGCAACAGCAGCAGCAGCAGCAGCAUGGCCCCCCUUUCUCUCACCAGGCCUCAUGAGAAGAGACCCGAGGGCCGCUGCAGCAAGAGAAGUGUCUCCUACAGAGAGCGAAUUCACCUUUGCUGCUGCCUCGCCCCCUCCACCUGCAGCAGAAGCAGCAGCAGCAGCAGUUGCUGCUGCUGGUGCUGCAGCACCUGGUGGCGCCUGCGGCAACACGAGCAGCAGCAACAGCAGCAGCAACAACAAUAAAACAGGAGGAUACUCUGAAGGGCAAUUAAUUCCCUGCUGCUGGUGGUUCCCAGUCAACUGCAGCAGCAGCAGCAGCAGCAGCAGCAGCAGCCGCAAAGAGGGAGACACACGCCACUGUCAAAUUCAAACCGUGACACCGCCAGCAACAGCUGCAACAGCAACAGCAACAGCAGCUGCAGCAGCAGCAGCAGCAGCUCCAUUAAUAGAAACCAUUCAAGUCGCAGUAACUCCCUCGGGGCCCCAGGAGGUGGUGUUGAGGGGCCCCUUCGCCUUAGGGGCCCCGAAGCAACUGCAGCAGCGAAGGCUGCAGCAAGAACUCCAGCAGCAGCAGCAGCUGCUGCAGCGGCGUCCGAAGCAGCAACAGCACCAUAGAAAGCCGCAGCAGCAGCAGCAGCAACAGCGCCAGACGCAGCAGCAACGUCAACCUCGGAAGCAGCAGCAGCAAGGUCUACAGCAGCAGCAGCAGCAGCAGCAGCAGCAGCAGUUCGUAAGUGUUAAUACCGCUGAGGCAGAAGGAGACACUAUAAAGCAGCAACAUGAGUUCCUUCUGCUAAGGGGCUUCUCUUUAAAGAGGCCCCCUCCUCCUUCAGAAGGUUUGCUGCUGCAGCUGCUGCACAGCCUAAGCCCUUCGCAACUAAACAAAGACAAAAACGUAGGGGCCUCACAGCACCCCUAG